AUGGACAACGAAGAAUCUUCCAUCAUGACGACAACCACACACCCAAUAAUUCACACAACACUCUCACUAUCACCACAAAGCUACACACAAGGAGAUGAAACACCUACUCUUACCAUCACUCUGAACCUCUUUGCGCCGGCUCCGAUAACCAUCUUCACUUACCACGGCAUAUUCAAUACUGACCUCGCCCUCAGCCGACGCAACUUUACCGUCCAUGAUCUCUCUACCGACCCAACUGCACCCAUCAACAUAGAAACCAGAAAGGGAGGCAAACGUCCCGGCUUCUCGAGAAGAAAGAGACGCAGCGAUGAGCAGUACUAUGUCACUUUAUAUCCUGGCGUCGAGCAUAAGGUACAGUGUCCAUUCAAGGUCGUGGACAGGACACUGCCUGUAGCCACUUUGCCAAACCUUCAGGCUGGUCGCAAAUACCGUCUCGGUGUUUCCGGGGGCGAGAACAUCAGCGAAUGGUGGUGGGGUACUAGAGAUGAUGUCCUGCUUGGUGAUGAUGAGACCUAUGAGAAAGAUGAGCCGCCCAGAGGUGACGCUCCUGUUGAUAUAUGCGCUGACCCUAUUGAGUUCGAGGUCAAGGAAGCAUAG